AUGGACGGCGCUCCGGUGGCCGAGUUCCGGCCGACGAUGACGCACGGCGGCAGGUUCCUCCUGUACAACAUAUUCGGCAACCAGUUCGAGAUCACGGCCAAGUACCAGCCGCCCAUCAUGCCCAUCGGCCGUGGCGCCUACGGGAUCGUCUGCUCGGUGAUGAACUUUGAGACCAGGGAGAUGGUGGCAAUCAAGAAGAUCGCAAACGCGUUCGACAACAACAUGGAUGCCAAGCGCACGCUCCGGGAGAUCAAGCUCCUCAGGCACCUCGACCACGAGAACAUCGUUGGCCUGAGAGACGUGAUCCCGCCGGCGAUCCCGCAGUCGUUCAACGACGUGUACAUCGCCACGGAGCUCAUGGACACGGACCUCCACCACAUCAUCCGCUCCAACCAGGAGCUCUCAGAAGAGCACUGCCAGUACUUUCUGUACCAGCUGCUGCGGGGGCUCAAGUACAUCCACUCGGCGAACGUGAUCCACCGGGACCUGAAGCCCAGCAACCUGCUGCUGAACGCCAACUGCGACCUCAAGAUCUGCGACUUCGGCCUCGCGCGGCCGUCGUCGGAGAGCGACAUGAUGACGGAGUACGUGGUGACGCGGUGGUACAGGGCGCCCGAGCUGCUGCUCAACUCCACCGACUACUCCGCCGCCAUCGACGUCUGGUCCGUCGGCUGCAUCUUCAUGGAGCUCAUCAACCGGGCGCCGCUCUUCCCGGGGAGAGACCACAUGCACCAGAUGCGGCUCAUCACCGAGGUCAUCGGGACCCCGACCGACGACGACCUGGGGUUCAUCCGGAACGAGGACGCCAGGAGGUACAUGAGGCACCUGCCGCAGUUCCCCCGCCGCCCCUUCCCGGCCCAGUUCCCCCGGGUGCAGCCCGCCGCGCUCGACCUCAUAGAGCGGAUGCUCGCCUUCAAUCCCCUCCAGAGGAUCACAGUGGAAGAAGCGCUGGAGCAUCCGUACCUGGAGCGGCUGCACGACAUCGCGGACGAGCCCAUCUGCACGGACCCGUUCUCCUUCGACUUCGAGCAGCACCCUUUGACGGAAGACCAGAUGAAGCAGCUGAUAUUCAACGAGGCCCUCGAACUGAACCCCAACUUCCGAUACUAG